AGAGUUGUCUACAUGAGUGGGGAGAGGCCCCGCCUUUCCGGGCCGGGGGUUGGCCUCGGGGGCCGCCCCUCCCGCUCUCCCCAGCAGCUGCUCCUUCCCUGACGGCGCUGGAGGGCCCUGCAGCGGCCCACGACACCCAAUGGCGCUACCCGCCUGGCUGCAGCCCAGGUAUAGGAAGAACACCUAUCUUUUCAUCUACUACUUAAUCCAAUUCUGUGGCCACUCAUGGAUAUUUACCAAUAUGACAGUCCGGUUCUUUUCCUUUGGAGAAGAUUCCAUGGUUGACACUUUCUAUGCUAUUGGUCUUGUGAUGCGCCUUUGCCAGUCCAUUUCCCUCCUGGAGUUGCUGCACAUAUAUGUUGGCAUUGAACCAAGCCAUCUCUUUCCUAGGUUUCUGCAGCUCACAGAGAGAAUAAUCAUCCUCUUUGUGGUGAUCACCAGUCAAGAGGAAGUCCAAGAGAAAUAUGUGGUGUGUGUUUUAUUCAUCUUUUGGAAUCUAUUGGAUAUGGUUAGGUACACGUACAGCAUGUUGUCAGUCGUAGGGAUAUCCUACACAGUCCUGACCUGGCUCAGUCAGACACUGUGGAUGCCCGUUUAUCCUCUGUGUGUUCUUGCUGAAGCAUUUGCCAUCUAUCAGUCGCUGCCUUAUUUUGAAUCAUUUGGCACUUACUCCACAAAGCUGCCCUUUGAUUUAUCAAUCUAUUUCCCAUACGUGCUGAAAAUAUAUCUCAUGAUGCUCUUUAUAGGCAUGUAUUAUACCUACAGUCAUCUUUACUCAGAAAGAAGAGACGUCCUCGGAGUCUUUCCCUUUAAGAAAAAGAAAAUGUGAAGCACCGCAUUCCGAUGAGAUUCGAGAGAAGGAAGGACAGCCUUGUGGACUCAGCUGCAACGAACAACACAGGAAGCAGCCUGCUGGAAAAAUACCUGCUACUGGACACGGCUCCGCGACGACCGCCUUCUCCUUGAGGCAGAUCGCAGCAUUCUUAUCCUCGUAUGUCUUCAAAACGCAUGUUCCACACAACCUACUUUACCAAAGCUGUGGAUUUUAUACAAGUAACUUUACAUUGAUUCUUUUCCUGUAAGGCAAAUGAGAAAUAGAUUCACUGGAAUGGAUUCAAUGAAAUUGAGAAACCAAAGUUGUUAGCCGGGAUUUUAACUGUUUACAUCUUUUGCUUUACACUUUGGAGUUUGCAAAUAGUAACUCCAUGGGAGGGCAACAAUGUGAAAUAUGUUCCACAGUUGUCUAGAAUAACAUUUUAUAGACAGAUGUCACCCUCACCAGGGCUCACCCCCAUUUUACACAUUAGACAUGCUGAGAAAAUUCUACAUUUUCCAAGCCCUGAGAAAGUAUUCAUUAAUAUUUGGACUUUGAUGCCUUAAAAGAGGAGACUGAUGAAAACAGAAAUGGAUCUUUGGUAAAUAUACAAAUAUUUAUUUGAUCCAUAUUCCUUUUCUGGGGCGGAGGUUGAAAUCAGGCCAUGUUACUUACCUUACAGGGAGACAAAAGGUAAAAGUCUAGAGUAAAUUAUUUUAAAGGAGAGAAAGCAGUUAACUAGUGAUGUUUCAGAUUACUAUUGAAUUAUCGUUGCUAAUUACUAUGUCACAUAAGUCACAGAGUUUUGAAAACUGACUAAUAUCAUUUCUUUUUUUUUUAAGAUUUAUUUAUUUAUUUAUUUGACAGAGAGAAAUUACAAGUACACUGAGAGGCAGGCAGAGAGAGAGAGAGAAGGAAGCAGGCUCCCUGCUGAGCAGAGAGCCCGAUGCGGGACUCGAUCCCAGGACCCUGAGAUCAUGACCUGAGCCGAAGGCAGCAGCUUAACCCACUGAGCCACCCAGGCGCCCCUAAUAUCACUUCUGUAUCAUCAGUAUACAUUCACUUUUCUUGAAAGGAGUCUAGAAUCCUAUUAUCCAAUAGUUACAUAAAAAGGUUACUAAAUAUUUUAUGACAUAAAAACCAGGCAGUAAAAUAUAGUCACAAAAAAAUUGGUAACUAGGUAAAGAUAACAGAUAUCUUUGUAAAUUUAGUAUCCUCUUUGGGAUUUUAAAAUACUUAAAAUUACCCUUCUAAAAAGCUACAUUUUGAGGUACCUGGGGGCUUCAGUCAGUUAAGCAUCCGAUGGCUCAGGUUGUGGUUUCAAAGUUUUGCGGUCAGUCUGCACAUGGGGCUCUGUACUUGGCGGGGAGUUUGCUUCUCUCUUUCUCUCCCCCCACCUCUAAAAAAAUAAAUAGGGGUGCCUGGGUAGCUCAGUUGGUUAAGCACCUUUGGCUCAGGUCCUGAUCUCAGGGUCCUGGGAUCGAGCCCCGUAUUGGGCUCCCUGCUCAGUAGGAAGUCUACUAGUUCCUCUCCCUCUACCCCUCCCCCUUUCAAAUAGAUCUUUAAAAACAAAAUGUUUUUAAAGCACCUGGGUGGCUCAGUGGGUUAAGCCUCUGCCUUCAGCUCAGGUCGUGAUCCCAGGAUGCUGGGAUCAAGCCCCGCAUCGGGCUCUCUGCUCAUCAGGGAGCCUGCUUCCUCCUCUCUCUGCCUACCUGUGAUCUCUGUCAAAUAAAUAAAUAAAAUCUUUAACAACAAAAAAAAGAUUUUUAAAAAGCUUACUUUUCAAAAUUAAAAAAUACUGGAAGUUUUGGUGUACAGAGAGAACAAAAUCCAUUUGCAAACUUUAGGUGACUCAGUCAAGCUUCCUCUCAGUCAGUAUGGCUAUGUAGAUUGAUGAAGCAUUACGUGCAUCACUAAAGUUGCAGAGUAAGAAUUAGAGAAACUGUUUCGCACUGGACUAUUAUAAGAAAUUAAAAUCUUGUUAUUUAAUUUUUAAACCACAUUACCUUAAGAGCCUGCCUAGUUCUCAAACUAGAAUAAAAAGCACAGUUUAUAAUUAUGGAUUGAAAAUCAGGUCUCUGCAACAAUUGUAACAAAGCUCUGUGAUUCCUUUGGUAAAACACAGUCACAACUUAUUAUUGUGGGUGGCUUCCUGUAUUCUUAAUUGAAAGAAAAAUUUCACUAGAGGUUAGUGGACAUAAGGAUGUCAUUUCUCUUCCACUCAAGUUCAUGUUCCCCAGGUUAAGAAACUUAGACAAGUAAACAUCUACCUAGUUAACUGGUAUUACCCAGAUUGCAAAGUUGAUUUUUUGGGCUGAUUUCUUAUACUGUAUGUCCAUCAAAUCUCUAUUUCAUUUUGUUCAGUAUUGUCAAAGGCUUGGUUUCUCAAAUAUAAUAAAUAUAGAUGAAAUAGCAAACUGUUAGAUAUUGUAGAAGCAUAACACAUAACUUUUAAAAUGAUCUUUCUUAGGGCACCUCGAUGGCUUGGACGGUUAAAUGUCUGACUUGAUUUCAGCUCAGGGUCGUGAGAUUGGGUCCUGUGCUGGGUGUGGAGCUACUUAAGAUUCUUUCUCCUUCCCCAAGCCCUUUUCUCUCUCCCUCUCUAUAAAACAAACAAACAAACAAACAAAACCAACUUUCUUGGGACCUUUCAAUGCCAAGUGCCAUUGCCUCAAGUUCCUAGUAACCCAAGCUAAGGUGUAGUAUCAACAUCAGCAGUGCCUCUGGGACUUAAAAGGGUAGGGUAGUUGGGGGUAAAACUGCUCUGAAUGAAAACUACUUUGAAGAAUUUCCUUACUCAGCCUACUCUGCCUAAAAAAUACAACACACAGACACUGUAGUCAAAGUCCCUGGGCUUUUAUGUUACCAAAAUAGUUGAAUGAAAAGCAGUAACACUUCUGCCAAAAGUAUCCAUUCAAUAUUAAUGUGUUUUCUUUCCCUCCAGUAUGCUCUUCAAGAAUCACACAGUUGGGGCACCUGGGUGGCUCAUUGGGUUAAAGCCUCUCUCUGCCUUGGGCUCAGGUCAUGAUUCCAGGGUCCUGGGAUGGAGCCCCACAUCGGGCUCUCUGCUCAGCAGGGAGCCUGCUUCCCCCUCUCUCUCUGCCUGCCUCUCUGCCUACUUGGGAUCUCUCUCUCUCUCUGUGUCAAAUAAGUAAAUAAAAUCUUUAAAAAAAAAAACAAAACAAAAAGAAUCACACAGUUAUCCUGGUCUUAUGUUUUUGUUCAGUAAACAGAUUAACGUUAGAAUGAGUUGAUUCUUAGUUGCUGCCUAAGUGUCUACCUUUGUUCAAGAAACACCUUGUGGGACGACUGAUGCACUGAAGGCACAAAAUUACCAAACUUGACUAGGCUUCCUGCAAACACACUUGUUAACCAAAGAAUGUACCACAACUCAACUGAAGCCCUCUCCCCCGCCCCCAACAAAAACCAUUUUGUUUUAUUAUUCUGCUUACCUUGAGCAAGUUGUCACCUAUAAGACUUUGUGUUUCUUUCAAGAGAUAAUGUAGCUGUAAUAUCAGUAUCCGAAAUAUUUCCACAGAGAAUCUUACAUUUAUUGAUGUACAAAGAAAACAGUUACAUUUUAUUGUGCUAAAGUAUCAAUGAUUUAAAAUGAAAAUAUGCUACAAAUGAUUUCUCCUUUCCCCCACAUCUUCCUCUCAUUGGCUUAUUUUUCCUUUGUAAACAUUUUUGCCCCCUUGUUAAUUUUUACUUUCUACUUCCAGGUCUAAUUGCUACGUUACCUUUCCAUAUGGCGCUCUUGCCAAGUAUAUUCCAGGGAGCAGCAGUCCUAGGACAGGGUGCCACCUAGGACCCAGACUCUUGGGCUCCACUGGGACCCAGGAACCUACAUGUUGUCAGGCUCCUCAAAUGCCCCUCCUACAUACUACAGUUUAAGUAUCUCAGCUUUGGACAGAAAUCUGCUAAUAACUUAUAUAAAAGCCCCCAUACAAUGUAGUUUUCUCUGUUUUCAGAACUGAGAUGAUGGCAUUUAUGUUUGGUUUUUAAAGAUGUUAAAGAGGGAUUUAUCUUUGCUAAGGGUAGCUAGAGUUUAAAACCUCAAGUAAAGGUAACCAUCAAUUCCAUAUUGCAAAUCAACUAGUGAGAACUUGCCUUAAUUCACCAAAUAAACGUAGGCGUCCACUGCGUACUUACUUUGUGGUACCCCGCUGAGCCACGGGGUCCUGUGAGCGAGAACGUGGGCCUGGGUCGAAGUAAGAGCAGUGGGUUUGAUAUGAAAUCCAGCUCCAAUGUUUACUAAAUGAAUGAGCCCUUCACUGUCCCCAGGCUGUUGUAAAGAAUAAAUGCAGUGCGGUGAACUAAAACUCUCUAAAUGAUAAACAGCUACACAGAAGCAGGAAAUUUGUAACACGUUUCCUGGAUGCAUUAAAAUUAUCUGGUGGUUUACUAAUUUAUAUUUUCUGAAUAUAAAUUCUGUGAGGACAGGAAUAUCAUGCCUUGUUCACUCCGGGCACAUGGUACACACUCGUAAUUGUGCAGCUCUGACUUUAUAGAUUACUACCAGUACCUCCAGAAAAAGUCCUGUUUUAAGAAAUCUAUCAGAUAGCGGUGCCUGGGUGGCUCAGUUGGUUGGGCCUCUGCCUUCCGCUCAAGUCAUGAUCCCAGGGUCCUGGGAUUGAGCCCCACGUCGGGCUCUCUGCUCAGUGGGGAGCCUGCUUCCUCCCUUCUCUCUCUGUCUGCCUCUCUGCCUACUUGUGAUCUCUGUCAAAUAAAUAAAUAAAUAAAACAUUUAAAAAAUA